GCCAUGGCCAGCACAGCCGUCCAGCUCCUGGGCUUCCUGCUCAGCUUCCUGGGCAUGGUGGGCACACUCAUCACCACCAUCCUGCCGCACUGGCGGAGGACCGCCCACGUGGGCACCAACAUCCUGACUGCUGUGUCCUACCUGAAAGGGCUCUGGAUGGAGUGCGUGUGGCACAGCACGGGCAUCUACCAGUGCCAGAUCUACCGCUCACUGCUGGCCCUGCCUCGUGACCUGCAGGCGUCCCGAGCGCUCAUGGUCAUCUCCUGCCUACUGUCUGGCAUGGCCUGUGCCUGUGCCGUGGUGGGCAUGAAAUGCACACGCUGUGCCAAGGGCACACCGGCCAAGACCACCUUCGCUGUGCUCGGGGGUGCGCUCUUCCUGCUGGCUGGCCUGUUCUGCAUGGUGGCCGUGUCCUGGACCACCAACGACGUGGUGCAGAACUUCUACAACCCACUGCUGCCCAGUGGCAUGAAGUUUGAGAUCGGCCAGGCCCUGUACCUGGGUUUCAUCUCCUCGUCCCUGUCGCUCAUCGGUGGCACUCUGCUCUGCCUGUCCUGCCAGGAUGAGGCCCCCUACAGGCCCUACCAAGCCCAUCCCAGGGCUGCCAUGGCCACUUCUGCACCUGCUUACCACCCACCAGCUGCCUACAAGGACAACAGGGCUCCCUCGGUGACCUCAGCCUCAUACAGCGGGUACAGGCUGAACGACUAUGUGUGA